AUGAGGAAUACCAAAUCUGCAGAGGAUGUUCUUCCACAAGAAUUGAAUGACAGUAUCUUCCGUAAUCCGAGCCAGGGCUUCUGCUUCUACCCACUUAGAAAAAUAGUCCACGACCACCAAGCACAAAGCCUCAAAAAGGAGCAGUCUCAAGCAUCUAUGGCUGAAAGUUCACAACCGCAGGAUUCGAAGAAGGGAAAGGCCCUUGUCAUACCUGAGAUGUUUCCCGAAGAUCCGGACGAGAAAGUACCUUUCUCGGCCAGGAUUCUAAAUGAAAGACUGCCUAAGGGUUAUAGAGCCCCGUCAAUCGGAGAAUAUGACGGGAGUAAGGAUCCGGAAAAGCACUUGCGAAAAUUCAAAAAUGCAGCCCUACUGCACCAAUAUAGCGAUGCUGUUAAAUGUAGAGUUUUCCUGAAUACUCUAUCUAGGUCAGCCUUAAAAUGGUUCGAUGGGUUACCUCAAGGGUCCAUCACCUAUUUUCUGGACUUCAAAAUGACUUUUCUGCACCGAUUUGCUAUCAGUAAGAAAUAUCAAAAGACAGAUCAUUGUCUUUUUGCUCUAAAGCAGGGGCCGACUGAGCCCCUAAGAAGUUAUAUCAACCGCUUUAAUCAAGUGGCUCAAGAUGUCCCCACUGCCACUUUAGAAAUUUUGAUGAGCGUCUUUUCCCAUGGAUUGGGAGAGGGAGAGUUCUUCAGAGAUCUCAUUAAAAAUCCCGCCCGGAAUUUCGAUGAGAUGGUGGAAAAGGCUGCUUCCUACAUGAAGGUGGAAGAAGCACAAGCAGCUAGAAGGAAGGCCGAAAGACCACUUCCUUCCGCCAACAAGCAAGAAAGAAGAGUGCCUCAACCACCCCCUCAACCUCUACCGCGAGUCCGGGAAGCCAGACCUGUCUUCCAUCCCGGGCCCGAAAUUCGACCUGCUCCUCGAGUUGCUGCUGUACAUAUCCCCCGACAAGGGCCAGGGAGUAAUUGGUACUGUACCUAUCAUAGGUCACGUACGCAUGAUACUAAUCGUUGUUUUCAGUUCGCUCGAGACUCCAAGCGAGCUGCCAAGAUGGGAUUGCCUCCGCCUGAGCUAGCCCCUCAGUUGAUCAAGAUGAUGGAGGAACAAAGGGGGGCAGGACAGGUCGAACAACCUCGCCCCAACCUCGCAGGACUUAGCACUCGUCAGCCUGGCUGGGGAAAAGAGCCAAAAGGAUCGCGAGAGGUCGAGAACAGAGGCAAUGCAGCCGUCAGAGAGAUUGGCAUGAUCUCUGGAGGGCCGACUGACGGAGAUUCGGGGAGAGCACAUAAGUCUCAUGUUCGGCGCUUGGAGGUUCAUGCCGUCGGAUGCAGUCAGGAGCAAGCUGUUGGCCCUGUUAUUAGCUUCGGGCCAGCAGACCUGGAGGGCCUGGAGUUGCCUCAUGAUGAUGCACUCAUCAUCAAAUCCAUCAUUACUAAUAGCCAAGUGGCUCGGAUUUUUAUUGAUACUGGGAGCUCGGUCGACUACCCGUCUGUGCUGUGGCCUGUUUGA